CGGGACCGAGGGCGCGCGCGCACCAUCACCGCCGCCGCCACCACUACUCCUAGCGCUGUGCUGAGAGUGUGUGUGUGAGUGUUUGUGUGUGUGUGUCUGCGUGUGUGUUUUUCCCCUCCCCGUCCACAGCUCCUCGCCCUCUCGUUCUUUUUUCCUCUGCCUCUCUCUAAAUGCCAUCGGCGCCUCCAUCUCUAUGUCACUCUUCCUUCACGUCUGCGGAAAAAAAAGCCUCCACCCGUCCAGCGUCCACUGCAGAGGAAGAAGUUCAGGAGCUCUGCGUGGGACCGGAUUCCAUUUUGGACGUAUUUCUGUGACAGCACCUCAGUUGCAUUUGUAAUGUUGGGUGAUCGGAAGCAAGCGCGGAACCUGUGGAUUUAACAAACACGCGGAUUUGGGACAGUUUAUUUCUUAUCUUUUGACUUGUACCAGUUUGCUUCAGCGUGCAUGAACAUUUGCUAAAGCAACGAAAAAAUAUAUCUAAAGAAAUCAAGCGAUGGAAGUAAGUGCGGACCAGCCACGAUGGAUAAGCCAUCAUCCCGCGGUGAUGAACGAACAGCAUCCUGGCUCACAUCACCCGGGCCUCGGCCACUCAUACAUGGACCCUUCGCAGUAUCCCCUCGCUGAAGAUGUGGAUGUACUCUUUAAUAUCGAUGGACAGGGGAACCACGUCUCUCCAUACUAUGGAAACUCUGUCCGAGCCGUCCAGAGGUACCCUCCUCCUCCACACAGUAGCCAGGUGUGCCGUCCCUCAUUACUGCACGGCUCUCUGCCCUGGCUGGAGGGGAGCAAAGGAAUCCCCCCGCACCACAGCACUUCUCCCUGGAACCUGAGCCCCUUUCCCAAGAACCUGCACCAUGGCUCCCCGGCCAGCCUGUCCGUCUACCCCCCAGCCUCAUCCUCCUCCUCCCUGUCUACCGGUCACUCCAGUCCACACCUCUUCACGUUUCCCCCGACCCCUCCCAAAGACGUAUCCCCGGAUCCGGGCAUAUCUACCCCCGGCUCCAGCAGCUCCGGGCGGCAGGAGGAUAAAGAGUGCAUAAAGUACCAAGUGACCCUGGCCGAGAGUAUGAAACUGGAGUCAGCUCACAGCCGGAGCGUGGCAUCAAUCGGAGCAGGGUCAUCCUCUGCCCACCACCCCAUCGCCACAUACCCACCCUAUGUCCCUGAAUACGGCCCAGGCCUCUUCCCACCAAGUAGCCUGAUAGGUGGGUCAUCUUCUAGUUAUGGUUCCAAAACAAGACCAAAAACAAGGUCCACUUCAGAAGGUAGAGAGUGUGUGAACUGCGGGGCCACGUCGACUCCGCUGUGGAGGCGGGACGGUACGGGUCACUAUCUGUGUAACGCCUGCGGACUCUAUCACAAGAUGAACGGGCAGAAUCGCCCUCUCAUCAAACCCAAGCGACGGCUGUCGGCAGCCAGGCGGGCAGGGACGUCGUGCGCAAACUGUCAGACGACAACGACGACGCUGUGGCGGAGAAAUGCCAACGGGGACCCGGUGUGCAACGCCUGCGGCCUGUACUUUAAACUGCACAAUAUCAACCGACCUCUGACCAUGAAGAAGGAAGGCAUCCAGACCAGGAACAGGAAGAUGUCCAGCAAGUCAAAGAAGAGCAAAAAGGCCCAAGAUAACAUGGACGACUUCUCCAAGAGCCUGAUGGACAAGACCAGCUCAUUCAGCCCGGCCGCUCUGUCCCGCCACAUGUCAUCCUUCCCCCCCUUUUCGCACUCUGGCCACAUGCUGACCACCCCCACACCCAUGCACCCCUCCUCGAGCCUCCCCUUCACCCCGCACCACCCUUCCAGUAUGGUCACAGCCAUGGGUUAGAGCUCCCCGCGGUGCACCACUUCUGAAUCCUCAGCCUCGCCACCACCGCACCUUUCGGUACCUCUGCUGCCCUGCUUCCAUAUCCUAAACAACAAACUGCUUCUCGGUCCGAUCUAAGCUCCCCAGUCUCACCGCCGAGCCACGGUGUGUGAGUGCGACAGGCUUUAGGCUCCUGUUCUCCUCAGUUGUAUCUUAUUUUUUAUAAAAAUCGAAGUGUACCUCUGCGAUGUGAAUGCUUUGCAGACUUGACUUGACUGUGGCGCACCGACCUCCAGGGGGACGUUUUUUUGUUUUCCCUCCUCCCCGAGCUGCCACCACCACAUUGAGGCUGUCCUCCCAGCUGAUCCACACGAUAAGGAGCUCCAUUUGUGUACAAAAAGCCAUUUUUCCACACUUGACAUCACAAAAAACUGACAUUAAAAGAACUUUUGUGACGCCCUCUUCCUCAAUGUCCAAACCGUACUCUCUUCACCUUGCACCUGUGUAACAGGACGCCCCCCCCCCCCACCACCACCAC